AUGGCCUUCCUCUGGCUGCUCUCCUGCACUGCCCUUCUCAGGGCCACCUUCGGCUGUGGGGUCCCGGCCACUCCCCGGGUUGUGAGUGGCAUAGAGAGGAUCGUCAGUGGGAAAGUCGCUUUCCCUGGCUCCUGGCCCUGGCAGGUGUCUCUGCAGCGCAGCAGAGGCUCCCACUUCUGUGGGGGCUCCCUGAUCAACGAGGACUGGGUGGUCACUGCCGCUCACUGUGAAGUCCGCACAUCUCACCUGGUUGUGGCUGGAAUGUUUGACAAGAGAUUAAAGAAGAAUGUCCAGGUGCUGAGGAUUGCUCAGGUGUUUGAUCACCCUCAUUUUAUCAACCACAACUCAAGCAAUGACAUCACCCUGCUGAAGCUGGCCACGCCCGCUCGCCUCUCUGAGACCGUGUCCCCCGUGUGCCUGCCCAGUGCUCAGGACAACUUCCCUGCUGGGUCCCUGUGUGUCAUCACGGGCUGGGGCAGGACCCAUUACCAUGGUGACAUGCUGCAGCAGGCCAACGUGCCGCUCUGGUCCAACGCGGAGUGUGUGAGCCUCUGGGGAAGCAAUAUCACCAACACCACGAUCUGCGUGGGGGGCAGUGGUUUUGCUGCCUGCAAGGGCGACUCUGGCAGCCCCGUGGUCUGCCAGAAGAACGGAGCCUGGACCCUGGUGGGCGUCGUGUCCUUUGUCAGUGCUAACUGCCUCACCAGUUUUCCUACCGUUUGCACCCGUGUCACAGAGUUUAUUCCCUGGAUUCAUGAUAUUAUAACUAAAAACUAAGCUCUC